AUGCCACGUUAUUAUACUUGGAAUGCUUCGAAUUUUCAAAGACGGAAGCAAGGCGAUGCGGUUCCUGGGUAUCCGGAUGUGCGUUCUACUGAUGCUCUUGGUCGUAUUUAUACAGUUCAUCCAAAGAAUGAUGAAUGUUUCUGUUUGCGGUUGUUGCUGGUAAAUGUGCGUGGGCCAACGUCAUUUGAGACACUACGGACUGUUAAUGGUGUAAUAUUCCCAACAUAUCGUGCUGCAUGUGAAGAACUGAACUUAUUAGAAAACGAUACCCAUUGCGAUACGACAAUCGCUGAAGCCAUUAUCUCUGCAUCUCCAUGUCAGAUACGCACAUUAUUCGCUAUCAUAAUUUCGACAUGCUUUCCAUCAAACCCAUGUAACCUGUGGCACAAAUAUAAGGAUAAUAUGUCAGAAGAUAUUUUACAUCAAAUUAGUAUCACUUCCAGAAAUCACGAUGUUGAGAUGAAUGAGGAGAUACAUAAUCGUGCUUUACUCUUGAUCGAAGAUAUGUGUUACCUCAUGUGCGGUAGUUCAUUAAUCAGGUUAGGAAUGCCAGCGCCCAAUCGUGAAAUGAAUGACGCAUUUAAUCGAGAAUUGGAACGGGAACGUGAAUAUCAGGAAUUAGAUUUAGUAGUUCAAACGAAUGUACCCCUGUUGAAUUCCCAACAAAAGGAAGUUUAUGAUACUUUAAUGAAGGCAAUCGAUGAUGGAAAUGGUGGUUUAUAUUUCCUAGAUGCCCCUGGGGGAACAGAUCGAGACGAAAUAAACGCUUGCCUCAAAUCGUCGAAUCUAUGUCGCUAUGUGAAGAAACUGCAGCUGACAACAAACAUGAGAGUUGCAUUGCUUAAUGAUACAUCUGCUGAAGAUUUCUCUGAGCAAUUGCUGACUAUCGGUAAUGGUCAAGUACCUGUGGAUGAAUCGAGCGGAUUGAUAUCAUUUCCAAAUAAUUUCUGUAAUUUUGUCUCAUCAAAAGGCGAACUUAUCAACAAUGUAUUUAAAGACAUUAUUUCUAACUACAAAAAUAAUGAAUGGUUGAGUGAGCGAGCAAUUUUAGCGGCUAAGAAUAAAGAUGUAGACGACCUGAACUAUAUAAUUCAAAAUAAGAUCAUUGAAACAAUGCAUUCAUUCAAAUCUUACCAAAUUCGUAUCACUUCAUGA